GGGAAACAGUGCGGCGGCGGCGGCUCCAACACAGCGGCUCUUCAUCAGCGAGAUUACGGUAGCAGCCCUCUGGAGGGUUUUCUGAUCUGCUGAUUCCUCCUGCGCUCGGGACGGACAUGCACGAGAGCGAGAUGCGGCUGAAGAUGCGCGUGCGGCGCAUUAAGGAAGGGCGAGAUCUGAGAGGUGGUUUUGCAGCGUUUUCCUCCUGUUUUCCUGAGCUGUGUGAGAAUAAACCAGCAUCGAUUCUCCCUCUCAGCCUUUCCCAACCCUGUUUACCAGUGGCAAACAUCGGUCCCACACGGAUCCUGCCUCACCUGUACCUGGGCUCGCAGAGAGACGUUCUUAAUAAGGAAGUGAUGUCACAGAAUGGAAUCACAUACGUCCUGAAUGCCAGCAACACCUGUCCCAAACCAGACUUCAUCAGUGAAAACCACUUCAUGCGCAUUCCCGUCAACGACAGCUACUGUGAGAAGCUGCUGCCCUGGUUGGAAAAAACUAAUGAGUUUAUCGACAAAGCCAAGGUGUCAAACUGCAGAGUCAUCGUCCAUUGCCUGGCUGGCAUUUCCCGCUCUGCAACCAUCGCCAUUGCCUACAUCAUGAAAACUAUGGGCUUGUCCUCAGAUGAUGCCUACAGGUUUGUAAAAGACCGUCGUCCAUCUAUAUCUCCAAAUUUCAACUUCUUGGGUCAGCUGCUGGAGUUCGAGAGAGGUUUGGAGAUGAAGAAGAGUCUGCCUUGUCCCAUAAGAAUGGAAGCAAGUACAGUUAAAGAGGUGACGGAGAUCCGAAAGAUGGAGAACGACGACCAGAGGACUUCACAAACCACAGAGAUCACCGUAAAUCCUCCAUCGCCUACCUCACUCCAGAAAGACCUCAGUUCCCUUCAUCUGUCCACCGAAAAAAUCCUACAAAACAAGCGGCUCAAGUGUUCCUUCUCCCUCGACAUCAAGUCCGUCUACUCCUCAAGCCCAAACCACAACUCUUCUCCAAACUCUGACUCUGAAAACACACCAAAGAUAUGCAGAAUUGAUAAUCUGAAGAACACCAAUGGAGUAGGUCAAUCACAGUGUAUGAUAGCAACCCAGAUCGGCUUUAAAAGGUUGUCCGCUACAUCUCUUUCCCUCAAUUUGAAGCAAGAAAACUCUGGACUUCAAGAUCAGAAUUGUGAGAACAAUAAAAAAGCAUCUUUAUUGUUGGGAAAAUCUGCUUCUUGGACCACGCACAGAGGCUCAAAUCAAGCCAGCACCCCUAUCACACCCACCGGUGACUGCCCUUGGUUUUUAGCUGCUAAUUUGGCACCUUCUGGAACCUCUGCUCACUUUGGCAGCACUUCUACAUAUUCGGCCUACAGUUGCAGUGGCCAAUCUGGCAACCCGAAGCCUGGAGCGUACCAAAGAGACAAAACACAAGGGGAUUCGCGAGAAAUAAGCAGCUGGCUCGAUGACGGGAAAACUCAAAUUGUGUGUGGCAUAUCGCAAGUAGACACUAAAUACAAGCGACGUAGUUGCCAGAUGGAGUUUGAAGAUGGUAUGAGCACAACACAAAGCGGCGAGGACUUCGGGAACCUGGGCAAGCAAUCCAGUUUCUCUGGCAGCAUGGAGGUCAUCGAGGUUUCAUGACAGAAACAAACUGCUGAGUUCUGUCAUUGAAGAGAUUAACAUUUAAGAGGGACUCAUGCUUUUUUUUAAAGGUGCCAUAGAAUGCAUUGAUUUAAUGUCAAAUUGUUUUCUGCAUAGUAAUUAUGUGGGAGAAAUAGACAAGAAAUGGUUUUGUGUUAAUUUAUAGAUCACAGGAAAUACCCCCAGAAUGAAAAGCUCGGUUUGACCAUAUUUGGAAAUUGUCAUGAAUAUUAAUGAGCCCUGCUCUGACGCUCCGCAUGUCAUCAGUGCAUGCUCACACACGCAAAAAACACAUGAAAUACACAAUACAUGUACAACAAUCAUAUUUUAUUAGUCAAAAAACAAUAUUUAAACAAACUGAAUAUAUUUCUUGUUAAACUGAAGUGAAAUAGGUGCUUAUUUUAGCUAGGAGAAUUAAAUUAAAUUAAAUUA